AAAUUGAAAAAUUACCAAAAGGCGAAGUCUUAAGCCAAGAUAUCUUGAGUAUAUUCAUAUGUGCUAAUACGGAGCGAGAUCCACACUUUAGUAAAACAAAUGGUAAAACAAAUGGUGAACACUCAAGACCUAUGUCAGAUAGGGAUAUUUCGCAACUUAUGAUUGAAAUGCUAAUGGCAGGUAUUGAACCGGUAGUGUAUGAAGAAAUCGAUCGAAUCUUUGAUGAUGAUAAAACACGUCCCAUAACCUAUAGUGAUAUUGAAAAGAUGGUUUACACUGAAGCUUGUAUUAAAGAAACUCUACGAAUAAUGUCAGUAGUUCCUUUUCUUUAUAAGCGUGCACUUAAAGAUGAUACG